AUGGAAUUACCGACCCAAUUGAUCAAUUGGCUAUACAAUGUCUUACAACCGCAGUAUCUCCACAAACAAAUUGUAUAUACACACGUGUUGCAAUUCUUGCAAAAGUACUUCAGCAAGGGGUUUAGGAUCAGAACUCGAGUUUACACUUCAGGUAAGACAGGAUCUUCGAAUUUGUUAAUUAAUAUCUACGGAAAAUUGCCCGUGGCUGACAUACCUGUGGAAAUUUGGCUACCUUUGAAUUAUCCUUUCAACGGAAAUGGCCAAAUUGAUGGAGAAGAUGGUAUUCCUAUGAUUUAUGUGGUGCCGGAUAACACGCAGGGUUUAUUUUUAAAGCCCAAUAACUUCGUCGACAGUCAAGGGAAAUUCUAUCAUCCGUACAUAACCGACUGGCAUCAGAAUUGCAGAGCAGGUGAUUUGAAUUCAACGAAACGGUUCAACUUAUUGGUCUUAAUUGAUACUGUGAGUAAUGCAUUUCAGAAUGACUUUCCUAUAUACAAAUCAACUGGCCCAACUAAACCACCUAAACCAUCCAGAGUGCUCAAUCAUCCAACAGGAUUGCUGAGUGAACUUACAGGGUCAUCGGUAGGACAAAGGUCACCCCCUGCAUCUGUUUUGACUGCUGAUAUAACUGGUUCAAGAUCUAGUAACGGCCCACCAUUGCCAUUGAAACCUUUUCAGGGAUCCACGAAGCAAGUGACAACUAACCCCAGAUACCAGUCACCAUUACCAUUACCAAGCAUUCCAAGUAACAAUGAGGCACUGGGAUAUAAUCGGACGGCAGGCCCACCAUUUAGUCCCUUGCAGUCUCCCCUUCAUUCAAGGAAUUCUUUAUCUCCAUACCGUUUGAGUAACAGUGGAAACUUAAGUCAGAGCCCAACUCAAGAUACUUCAUCUAUUAGUAGGGCUGAUCAGUCACCAUAUCCGACUUCACAAUCUCCCCCUAUAUAUGAAUCUGUAUUACCAAAAGUGUCGAUUGAUAAUCUAAUGGACCAAGACGGACCCCAAAAAUCCAAAUCGAAUACUGUUAUUCUAGAAAGAUUGUCCCAACAAAUCAACGAGCUAUUAACGGACUUGCCAGAAAACUUUAAUAUGUUGGAAGUGGUGAAUACCAAUUCAAUGAAGGUAGAAGGAUUAUACAAUCAGUUGAAUCAUCAUUAUUCCCAAGCAAUAGCUAACAAGGAGUAUAUUGACUCACACAUCACCUAUUUAACUGACCAGCUAACCAAAGUAUCCGAGUUGAAUUCCAAAUUGUAUUCAUUGCUGCAAAUUAAUAAUGAUGAUGAGAAUCAUAUUCACUUUCCUGAGGGUAAAAUUUCUUUGGAUGAAUUGGUUAUCCCUGACUCUGUAUUAACAAACCAAUUGUACGACAUAUCAAGUGAAAUUAAAGCAAACAAAGAUCUAAUUGGUCUAAUCAGUGGAAAUUUCAGCGACAAGAGUGAACUCAUAAAUGAUGAGAGGUUCGAUGUUUGUGUUAAAGCAGCAAGAAACAUUGGAAGGGACAUGUUCUGGUUGGAACUCAUCAAAAAUGAAAUCUCCAAGAAAAUGUCUAUUUCAAGCUGA